CCAGAUAGGCAAUGGGGGCCAUCACUUGGAGUCCAAUUGACUGGACUAAAAACAAAUGAUACUUUGGAAAGGUUGAAUAUAAGUGGGAACUCUAUAAGUGGUCCAGAUGUAAGGUUAUUAAACGAGGUUUUAAAAUUCAAUUCAAGGUUGAAAUAUCUGAGCAUAGACGAAAAUAUGGCUCUCGAAUUCCAGGAACACAUUCAAAAUUUAGAUAAAAGAUUGUCUGUAUCUUCAAGAGAAAUUUUUUCAAGAGAACCUUUUGGCGUACAAGACAUUAUAAUAAACAAGCAUCUGUCCUCUGGCAAACAUUCAACGUUGAAAUCUCUGGAUGAGGAUGAGAAUGAAAGACAUGAUACAUAUGUUGAAAAUAUGAAUGAAAUUAAAGUGGAAACUGUGAAUGAGGUUAAAAUUGAAGGUGGAACGCUUCCGAAGGUUGAAGAUGAGGCGCUUCCGAAGAAUA